GCUACCAACAUGACGGCUGAAGAAACAGUGAAUGUAAAAGAGGUUGAAAUCAUUAAACUAAUUUUAGACUUCUUGAAUUCAAAGAAGCUUCACAUUAGUAUGUUGGCUCUUGAGAAGGAGAGUGGAGUUAUCAAUGGCCUAUUUUCAGAUGAUAUGCUUUUCCUGAGGCAACUAAUACUUGAUGGUCAGUGGGAUGAAGUUCUUCAGUUCAUUCAGCCUCUAGAAUGUAUGGAAAAAUUUGACAAAAAAAGGUUUCGCUAUAUCAUCUUGAAGCAGAAAUUUUUGGAAGCUUUAUGUGUUAACAAUGCAAUGUCAGCAGAAGAUGAGCCCCAGCAUGUAAGGUUUUUAUUCCUGAAGCUGGAAUUUACCAUGCAGGAGGCUGUGCAGUGUUUACAUGCCCUGGAAGAGUACUGUCCUUCGAAAGAUGAUUAUAGCAAGCUCUGUUUGCUUUUGACUUUGCCUCGUCUCACCAAUCAUGCUGAGUUUAAGGACUGGAAUCCCAGCACGGCACGAGUCCACUGUUUUGAAGAGGCUUGUGUUAUGGUUGCAGAAUUCAUUCCUGCUGAUAGAAAGCUAAGUGAGGCUGGUUUUAAAGCAAGUAAUAAUCGUUUAUUUCAGCUUGUAAUGAAGGGCCUGCUCUAUGAAUGUUGUGUAGAGUUCUGUCAGAGUAAAGCGACUGGAGAAGAAAUUACAGAAAGUGAAGUGCUUCUCGGCAUUGACCUCUUAUGUGGGAAUGGUUGUGAUGAUUUGGAUCUGAGCUUAUUGUCGUGGCUUCAGAAUCUGCCAUCUUCCGUUUUCUCUUGUGCUUUUGAACAAAAAAUGCUAAAUAUUCAUGUUGACAAACUUCUGAAACCCACAAAAGCUGCAUAUGCUGAUCUGUUGACUCCUCUUAUCAGCAAACUUUCUCCCUAUCCGUCCUCUCCAAUGAGAAGGCCGCAGUCAGCUGACGCCUAUAUGACCCGCUCUCUGAAUCCUGCUUUGGAUGGUCUCACCUGUGGACUCACCAGUCAUGAUAAGAGAAUCUCAGACCUUGGGAACAAAACCUCUCCAAUGUCACAUUCAUUUGCAAAUUUCCAUUAUCCUGGUGUACAGAACCUCAGUAGGAGUCUCAUGCUUGAAAAUACAGAAUGCCACAGUAUUUAUGAAGAAUCCCCUGAACGGAGUGAUACACCUGUUGAGACACAGCGGCCUAUUAACAGUGAAACCCUGGGCCAGAGUUCAGCUGCAGAAAAAGAACCUGCAAAUGGAGCACAAGAUCCAGGACCAGCUAAGCAAGAAAAAAAUGAGCUUCGAGAUUCAACAGAGCAGUUUCAAGAAUAUUAUAGGCAAAGAUUGCGCUAUCAGCAACACUUGGAACAGAAGGAGCAACAGCGACAGAUAUACCAACAGAUGCUGCUUGAGGGAGGGGUCAAUCAGGAGGAUGGUCCUGAUCAGCAACAGAAUCUUACCGAACAAUUCCUUAAUAGGUCCAUUCAAAAGCUUGGUGAAUUAAAUAUUGGAAUGGAUGGCCUUGGUAAUGAGGUACCAGCACUAAACCAGCAAUGCAAUGGAAAUAAAGGCAAUGGUUCUAAUAAUUCUUCUAUGACAAGUUUUACUACACCACCCCAAGACUCGAGUCAGAGAUUAACACACGAUGCCUCAAAUAUCUACACAAGCACCCCUCGAAGUUCUGGGUCAACAAAUCAUAUACCUUUUCUUGAGGAAUCACCUCCUUGUAGCAACCAAAUCUCAUCAGAACAUUCGGUCAUUAAGCCAGCUCUUGGAGAUUCUUCGGGAACUCUAUCAAGGUCAAGAGGGGAAGAGGAUGACAAAUCAAAAAAGCAGUUUGUUUGCAUUAAUACUCUAGAAGACACACAAGCUGUUAGAGCAGUGGCUUUUCAUCCUGGUGGUGGUUUAUAUGCUGUUGGAUCAAAUUCAAAAACUCUAAGAGUAUGUGCCUAUCCAGAAGCAAUUGAUCGAAGUGCACAUGAAACACCUAAGCAGCCAGUGGUCCGUUUUAAAAGGAAUAAACAUCACAAAGGAUCCAUUUACUGCGUGGCCUGGAGUCCUUGUGGGCAGUUAUUAGCAACAGGGUCAAAUGACAAAUAUGUCAAAGUGCUGCCCUUCAACGCAGAGACUUGUAAUGCAACAGGACCAGAUCUGGAAUUUAGUAUGCAUGAUGGGACAAUAAGAGAUUUGGCAUUUAUGGAAGGCCCAGAAAGUGGUGGAGCGAUUUUAAUAAGUGCUGGAGCAGGGGAUUGUAACAUAUAUACAACUGAUUGUCAAAGAGGACAGGGUCUCCAUGCUCUGAGUGGACACACUGGGCACAUUUUAGCACUUUACACUUGGAGUGGCUGGAUGAUUGCAUCUGGUUCUCAAGAUAAAACUGUUAGAUUCUGGGAUCUUCGAGUACCAAGUUGUGUUCGAGUUGUUGGCACAACGUUCCAUGGCACUGGUAGUGCAGUGGCGUCUGUAGCUGUAGAUCCCAGCGGCCGUCUCUUAGCCACAGGACAAGAAGAUUCUAGCUGCAUGUUAUAUGAUAUUAGAGGAGGAAGAAUGGUACAAAGUUACCACCCUCAUUCCAGUGAUGUUCGCUCUGUUCGAUUUUCUCCUGGAGCUCACUACUUGUUAACAGGAUCGUAUGAUAUGAAAAUAAAGGUCACAGACCUACAGGGAGACCUCACCAAGCAGCUCCCGAUCAUGGUGGUAGGGGAGCACAAGGACAAAGUGAUUCAGUGCCGGUGGCACACCCAGGAUCUUUCCUUCCUGUCAUCUUCCGCAGACAGAACUGUAACCCUCUGGACUUACAGUGGCUAGAGUACAUCUGACCUCACUCUAGGCUGUGAAAACACAGACUUAAGACUACUGAGUUGUGAAAAUUCUAAGUUGGAAGAACAAGGUCUGACCAAGAAAGUGACUUAGCAGGAGGAAGCCGUGUAUCCCCAUGUAUCCCUUGCUAAGAGGUGUUGGGUGGUGUUACUCUGCAGUGCUUUCAGUCCUCCAGUGAGCUCGUGCUGCUGUGUCCUGCUAUAUGUAGUCUUGUUGCCAAAGUCUGCGGGAGAGCUCUUUUUCGUCAGUGUGUGCUCCAAGUCAAGGUGGACAAUGUGUUUACGGUUUAGUAUUAAAUGCAUUCCUUGGUCUUUGCCUAAAUAACAGUUUUAUAUAUACGUUGAAGCUGAACUAUACUUUAAGCAUAUUAUUCCAGUGUACUACAAUUAAGUUCUACACAGGUUAAAUUUAGGUGUUCAGAAAUUACUUUCGUUUUUCUUACAGUCCCAUGAUAAAGUAUCCACUUGUCAGCUAGAGGUCAGAAAUUAGUCUCAGAAGUUACACGGUUAUUUUCACUAAGGAUCAUUAUUGAGUUUAAAGAAAGUUGGAAAACUGCUUCUUAGUUCUGUAUGUGGUAAGGCCUUUUUAAAAAAAAUACAGGGAUAUAUUUAGUAUUUUGUCCAUGUUUUUGUUUUAGGCUUAAAAGGUAAGUUUGCUUCAGAAACUUGUUAAUUUCAAAUUUUUGAAUGCAACACGAUACCUCCCUUCUAAACUGUACUGUGGAGCUCGACCACCAGCUUCCUCAUGCGAUGCAACACUUGAUGGUACAGUACCUGUACUGGCGAGCAUUGUUCCUCUUAAAAAUGAAAAACUUUGCCAUAGACUAUAGCAUGGCUUGAGAUGCUAUGUCUGCAUGAUAAUUAAAAAUGGAAAAUUUAAAGUUUGCACUCCAAAAGCUUACAUGCAUUUUUUUCUUGCACUGUUUUAUGUAAUGCAGAAUAAGGAUUUAUUUCUACAGCACUGUAGAUCUUAACAUUUAUGUAUCUUUAUUUUCAUAUUGUAUAGUAAUUUUACUUUAAAUUAUUAAAUAGGCUAUUUUAUUUAUUUCAAAUGCAGUUGAGUUGGAUCUAAUUAUUGAACUGUCUGUGCACUGUAUGUAGCAAGCAUUUUAAAUCUAUUGUAUAGAAGUGGAAAGGGUAAUUACAAGUGUAGCUGUGCAAUUAUUUCAAUAAAGACCUCUUGACACC